UUUGAAGGUCCAGAUCUUGGCUAUGAAAGGGUUAGCUGUAGGGCUGGGAGGUGCUAAGGAUCUGUCGCUCUCCACUAAUAAGCCGAUGGAUUGUUUCCUUUACCCGAACGAUAAUGAAUUCUGGAAAACCAUCUGCAUCACCAAAUAAAAGGUGGUAACUGUUCACCUUUUCUUAUCUUGACAUGUCAUAUAUGAGCAAAAACAGAAGUGUCGAGAAUCAUUCGACGUCUCCGUAGCCAUUUUCACCGCAAAUAAAUAGAAGAGCCGCGAGUCACACAAGGUCCACAAUUGCGCGAGGACAUCCUCUGUCAUUAUGGUGAAACGAAAAAAUUCUGAGGAGUUGGACCAACAAGCCGGCAGAGGUAUUCCGUUUCCGAUCCAAACCUUUCUGUGGCGCCAGACCAGUGCUUUUUUGAGACCAAAACUUGGAAAGCAGUAUGAAGCAUCCUGUGUGUCUUUUGAACGUGUUAUAGUGGAAAACAAGCUACAUGGGCUUUCUCCAGCUUUGUCUGAAGCCAUCCAGAGUAUAUCUCGUGCAGAGCUUGUUCAGGCUGCUUUACCACACGUACUGCACUGCACUGCCACACUGUUAUCCAAUAGAAAUAAACUUGGGCACCAGGAUAAGCUUGGUGUGGCAGAGACCAAAUUGCUUCAUACCUUACACUGGUUGCUGCUAGAAGCUCCUCAUCAGUGCAGUCCAGAAUCUGGCUUUCGAAGCAGAGGUUCAGGGUGGCCUGCAGGCAGUAAUGUUUUCAGUCAUCGCAUUGAGAACCAGGCAUCCCCAGCUCCCAACAGGAAUGACAACAAUACUGUUGAAGAGAAUGACAAUAUCAAACCAAAGUUGUUUACGAACACCUUGGCUACUGUGGAGCUCUUCGUAUUCUUGUUUGCUCCUCUUGUCAAUAGGAUUAAAGAAUCUGACCUCACUUUUCGCUUGGCAAGUGGCUUGGUUAUAUGGCAGCCAAUGUGGGAACAUAAACAGCCAGACGUCCCUGCUUUUACAGCAUUGGUAAAGCCAGCUAGAAGCAUUGUUACAGCCAGAAGAAGUUCCUCAGCCAACAACCAGAGAGCUGGAGGUGAAUUACCGAAGCCUGCCACUACUGGUCUCCAAGUGGUUUCUGAAAUGGAACAGGUGGAUACUGAGCUUCCAGAAGUCAGUGGUCCAAGCUGCCAGCGCAGCAACUCGUUUGAUGGUAGUGGAACAUCUCAGACGGCUCAGGACAACGGAUGCCCUCAGUCCAGAGUCUCUGUCAUGAUGCCUUUGUGCCAGAAGUCUCGCUAUGCUUCUUAUUUUGAUGUUGCAGUGCUGCGAUGUCUGCACCAUCCUAACUGGUCUGAAGAAGGGACUCAGUGGGCACUUAUGUAUUACUUGCAGAGGCUACGACAAAUGCUAGAAGAGAAGCCAGAAAAAACAUUAGAGCCUGAGCCCAGCUUUCUGCAGAGACCCCGUAGUAGUUCAAUGGUGGCAGCAGCACCUUCCCUAGUAAAUACUCAUAAAACACAGGAUCUCACCACAAAAUGUAGUGAAGAGGAAAAAUCGCUGAGUGCCGAAACCUUCUCUAAAGUAUCACUGACAAAUUUACGGAGGUCAGCAGUUCCUGAUCUAGCUUCCGAUUUGGGGAUGAACAUAUUUAAAAAGUUUAAAAGCCGCAGAGAAGAGCGAGAGCGAAAAGGGUCCAUUCCAUUUCAUCAUCCAGGAAAGAAGAGGCAGCGUAGAAUGGGGGUCCCCUUUCUUCUUCAUGAGGAUCAUUUAGAUGUGUCCCCAACAAGAAGUACAUUCUCAUUUGGGAGUUUUUCUGGAAUUGGAGAGGAGCGUCGUGGAAUGGAAAGGGGAGGAUGGCAAACAACAAUUCUUAGCAAAUUAACAAGACGAGGAAGCACAGACACUGCUACUGAAAUGGAAAGUCUAAGUGUGAAGCAGUCCCACUCCCAUCACAGUUUACUCACUGACGUCCCUGAUCAUUCCAACAGUCAUGGAGAAAACACAGUCAAAGAUGUAAAGUCACAAAUCUCUACGAUCACAGUGGCCACAUUCAACACUACAGUGGCAUCAUUUAAUGUGGGUUAUGCUGACUUCUUCAGCGAACAAAUGAGAAAGCUGUGCAAUCAAGUUCCCAUCCCAGAAAUGCCUCACGAGCCCCUGGCCUGUGCUAAUCUCCCACGUAGCCUGACCGACUCCUGCAUCAACUACAGCAGCCUUGAAGAUAGUGAGAGCAUUGAAGGAACUGCCAACUUCAUACACAAGAAUGGGAUGCUGGAUCUUGCGGCAGUUAUGAAGGCUCUUUAUGUGGUGCUGAACCAUGAUAUCAGUUCUCGUAUUUGUGAUGUGGCAUUGAAUAUCAUUGAAUGUCUGCUGCAACUAGGAGUGGUGCCCUGUGUGGAAAAGAAGAGUUCAAAAACAGAAAAUAAAGAAAAUGACUUUGCGGAUAAACAGCAAAGAGAUGGAAUAUACCAGAGAGGAGUAACUGGAUGUGUUGCUGGCAACUACAGCGGCGCCCCAAGUAGUGGACCUGGGGGAGGAGGAGGAGGAGGAGGAGGCGGUGGAGGUGGAGGUGGAGGAGGUCAGAAUGACAAUAAUACCAAGAACAAAGAAAAGGAUGAUGAUGAUUCAAUCAGCACUCACAAACUUUCGCUUACGAUGUUGGUAAAAAUAGUUAAAUCACUGGGAUGUGCUUACGGCUGCGGAGAGGGACACCGUGGACUGUCUGGUGACCGUCUUCGACUACAGGCUCAGAACUGCCUUACUAGACUGUACAAGUUAGAUAAAAUCCAGUUUCGUCAGACAAUGAGAGAAUAUGUGAACAAGGAUUCUCUGAAUAAUGUAGUGGACUUCCUACAUGCUUUGCUGGGAUUUUGCAUGGAACCAGUUACUGACAAUAAGGCAGGAUUUGGAAAUAAUUUCACUACAGUAGAUAAGAAGACAACUGCCCAUAGUGUUGAGGCGAUAAUUGUUGGCUGCAUGUUCAAAUCGCUGAUAACCCGGUGUGCAUCUACAACUCAUGAGCUACACAGCCCUGAAAAUCUGGGACUGUAUUGUGACAUCCGACAACUGGUACAGUUCAUUAAAGAAGCACAUGGGAAUGUUUUCAGGAGAGUGGCCCUCAGUGCUUUGUUAGACAGUGCUGAAAAACUGACACCUGGCAAGAAAUAUGAAGAGAAAGAGGAACCAAAGCCACCAGGAAGUAAAAGUGAUGAGCAACUGCCAGGUGCUCUCCUAGGUCGUAAAGACUUCUGGCGUAAAAUGUUCAAGUCGCAAAGUGCAGCAAGUGAUACCAGCAGUCAGUCUGAACAGGAUACAUCAGAGUGUACUACAGCUCACUCUGGGACCACCACAGAUAGACGUUCUCGCUCCCGUUCCAGAAGAAUUUCUCUUCGAAAGAAACUCAAACUUCCAAUUGGAAACUGGCUGAAGCGCUCUUCACUUUCAGGGCUGACAGAUGGUGUGGAAGAUCUUCUUGAUGUCAGUUCAGUGGACAGACUUUCUUUUAUUAGGCAAAGUUCAAAGGUGAAAUUUACUAGUGCUGUGAAGCUGUCAGAAGGAGGCCUGGAAUAUGGAAGGGACGAUGAGGAGAAUUUCUUCAAGCGUCUUGGUAAAUGGCGGUCAGCCCGAAGAAAUCCAUCCAAGCUUCAUCACACAGAAGAAAAAGAUGGCUGCAGUGGUUUUGACGAUCACCUGGCAUCCAAUCAGGAGGGUGGGAGGUACAGGAAUGUAGUCAACCUUGGAGCCAUAAGACAAGGGAUGAAGCGUUUUCAGUUCCUCUUAAACUGCUGUGAGCCAGGAACCAUCCCUGAUGCCUCAAUUUUGGCUGCGGCUCUUGACUUGGAAGCACCUGUGGUUGCCCGGGCAGCACUUUUUUUGGAAUGUGCUCGCUUUGUUCACCGAUGUAAUCGUGGAAACUGGCCUGAGUGGAUGAAGGGGCAUCAUGUUAACAUUGCUAAGAGGGGACUGUCACGUGGGAGGUCACCAGUAGCUGGGAACAAGAGAAAUCAGAAACUGCAAUGGAAUGCCAGCAAACUGUUCUGUCAAUGGGGAGAUGCAAUUGGUACUCGACUAAAUGAGUUGUGCCAUGCUGACAGUGAAAGCCCUGCCAAUUUACUGGGUCUUAUCUAUGAUGAGGAGACCAAGCGGCGUCUACGAAAAGAAGAUGAAGAAGAAGACUUCUUGGAUGACAGUAAGAGCAGUUUGUUUGAGUCCAGGACGCCAUCAUGCUGUGUCAAUCCUUCCAAGUGUGGAUGUCCUUUUGCGCUAAAGAUGGCAGCUUGUCAGCUUCUGUUAGAGAUUACCACUUUCCUUCGAGAAACAUUCCCUUGCUUGUCUAGACCACGCGCUGAACCUCUAACAGAUUUGGAGGGUUGCAGGUUACGGCUUGAUCCUGAUAUGGAUCGACAUAGAUAUGAAAGAAAGAUUAGUUUUGCUGGAAUUUUAGAUGAUGAUGAAUGUCGGGAUUCCCUGCACAGUAGCAGUCACACUCUUAAAUCAGACACUGGCUGUGAAGAAAAAAAAGCUCCCAGCAGAAAGAUAAGGAUAGGAGGAUCACGUUUGCUACAGAUUAAAGGCGCACGGAGUUUUCGGGUGAAGAAGGGAGGAUCCCUGUCCAGCAUACGUAGAGCAGGCAGCCUGAAAAGUACUAAACUGUCUCGGCAUGACUCAGAAUCUGAAAAUGAAGAAGUGAUGCUUUCCCAAAGCAGAGACACUGUGACUGAUAUAGGAAGCCCGUGGAGUGCAAGUGAACCAAGCAUCGAGCCAGAUGGGUUAAAUGCAGUGGGAAAUGAAGAGAAUUACCACAGAAACAUGUCAUGGCUACAUGUGAUGAUACUUCUGUGCAAUCAGCAAAGUUUUAUUUGUACUCAUAUUGACUACUGCCAUCCAAGGUGUUAUCUUCGGCAUGGUCGCUCCUGUGCUCGCCUAGUUCGAGCCCUUAAGCUUCUUUAUGGUGACACUGUUGAUGCCCUUCGGGAAGACAGUUCGACUAACCAAACUGUGUACAGGAAUAAAAAAGUAAAAGAGUGUUCUGAUAAGUCAUGCCUGAGAACACCUUCGCUGAAAAGAAGAGUGACAGACAAUAAUGUGGAGGGUAAAAAGGAUUCAGGAAUGCUGAAGUACAUCAGGUAUCAGGUGAUGAGCUUGGCCCCUGCUCCAUUGUCCCUUCUUAUAAAGGCUGCUCCAAUCUUGACAGAGGAUAUGUAUGGAGAUAUACAGCCAGCAGCGUGGGAGCUGCUUCUCAGUGUUGAUGAGCACAUGGCUGCAGCAGCAGCUGCAAUGUUCCUUCUGUGUGCAGUUAAAGUCCCUGAUGGUGUAUCAGAUAUGAUGAUCUCAGAAUUUCAACAUCCAGAGGCAGUGCAAAGAAUAAAUGCGAUCCUUAAAUUCCACACACUUUGGAGAUUUAGGUACCAGGUUUGGCCCCGGAUGGAAGAAGGCGCCCAGCUAAUAUUUAAGAUUCCCCCUCCAAGUAUAAACUUCACCUUACCCUCACCUAUUCUUGGCAUGCCAUCUGUCCCAAUGUUUGAUCCACCAUGGGUUCCUCAGAGCAGUGGAAGUGUACAGGAUCCAAUCAAUGAAGAUCAGUCUAAAUCGUUUUCUGCCAGAGCUGUGUCCCGGUCUCACCAGCGAGCUGAGCACAUCUUAAAGAACCUACAGCAAGAGGAAGAGAAGAAGCGUCUAGGAAGGGAAGCCAGUGUGAUUACUGCCAUUCCCAUCACACAAGAAGCUUGCUAUGAGACAACAUGCAGUCCUACAUCAGAGCAAGAAGAAGAAGCAGAAGAAGCUGCCAACUUGACCUCCAGACGGCUGUCUGUCAGUCCCUCCUGUACCUCUAGCACAUCACAUAGAAACUACUCAUUCCGUCGUGGAUCAGUGUGGUCUGUCCACUCAGCUGCUAGUGCAGAGGAUGAAGAGCAUGGCACAGAACAUACACCAAAUCAUCAUGUACCACAACCUCCCCAGGUGGUUUUUCCUGCAUGCAUUUGUGCAGCUGUGCUCCCUAUUGUUCAUCUGAUGGAAGAUGGAGAAGUUCGAGAAGAUGGAGUUGCAGUGAGUGCUGUUGCCCAGCAGGUCCUUUGGAACUGUUUGAUUGAAGAUCCAUCUCUCGUUCUUAGGCAUUUCCUCGAAAAACUCACUAUUAGCAACCGGCAGGAUGAACUAAUGUACAUGCUGAGAAAGCUGCUUUUAAACAUCGGAGACUUGCCUGCUCAGACAUCCCAUAUUCUAUUUAACUACUUGGUUGGCUUGAUCAUGUACUUUGUUCGUACACCAUGUGAAUGGGGCAUGGACGCUAUAUCUGCAACACUAACCUUCCUUUGGGAGGUUGUGGGGUAUGUGGAGGGACUUUUUUUCAAAGACCUUAAACAGACAAUGAAAAAAGAACAAUGUGAAGUCAAGCUUCUUGUUACAGCAUCAAUGCCAGGUACAAAGACCUUGGUGGUACAUGGUCAGAAUGAGUGUGAUAUCCCCACACAGUUGCCUGUGCAUGAAGACACACAGUUUGAAGCACUUCUUAAGGAGUGUUUGGAAUUCUUCAAUAUCCCUGAAGCUCAAUCUGCCCACUAUUUCCUGAUGGACAAACGAUGGAAUCUUAUCCAUUACAACAAAACAUAUGUCCGGGAUAUCUACCCCUUCCGAAGGUCAGUUUCACCACAGCUCAAUCUUGUGCACAUGCUUCCAGAGAAGGGUCAGGAACUUAUACAGAAACAGGUGUUUACUCGGAAGCUAGAAGAGGUUGGACGUGUGCUGUUUCUCAUUUCCCUUACUCAACACAUACCUGCAGUUCACCGGCAGUCCCAUGUCUCUAUGCUUCAGGAAGACCUCCUUCGACUGCCGUCCUUCCCUAGAAGUGCAAUUGAUGCAGAAUUCUCCCUGUUCAGUGAUCCACAGGGGAAGGAACUGUUUGGCUUGGAUACACUUCACAAAAGCCUGUGGAUUAAACUGUUGGAGGAGAUGUUUCUUGGUAUGCCCAGUGAGUUUCCUUGGGGAGAUGAAAUCAUGCUGUUUCUCAAUGUGUUUAAUGGAGCUCUGCUUCUACACCCCGAGGACAGUGCUUUGCUUAGACAAUAUGCUGCUACAGUUAUCAAUACUGCUGUACACUUCAACCACCUAUUUUCUCUCAGUGGCUACCAGUGGAUCUUGCCCACCAUGUUACAAGUAUAUGCAGAUUAUGAAAGCAAUCCCCUCUUGAGGCAAGCUAUUGAAUUUGCCUGCAGGCAUUUUUACAUUUUACAUCGGAAGCCAUUUGUUUUACAACUUUUUGCUAGUGUUGCUCCUCUCCUGGAGUUCCCGGACAAUACAAGCAGCAGCAAUCCAAGCAAAGGAGUUUCUGCUCAGUGCCUGUUUGACCUUCUACAGUCACUAGAGGGAGACACACAAGAUAUUCUUGAUAUUUUGGAAUUGGUGAAAGCAGAGAAGCCCCUAAAGUCUUUAGAUUUUUGUUAUGGAAAUGAAGAUCUUGCUUUCUCCAUCAGUGAAGCUAUUAAGCUCUGUGUAACAGUGGUAGCCUACUCUGCAGAGUCCUUCAGAAGCCUUCAGAUGCUUAUGGUUCUGGAAGCCUUGGUUCCAUGUUACCUACAGAAGUUGAAGGAACAGACGGCCCAGGUUGAGACUGUGUCUGCGGCUCGUGAGGAGAUUGCAGCUAUCGCUGCUCUGGCCACAUCACUGCAAGCUCUUUUGUACAGUGUGGAAUCACUUACCAGGCCUAUGACAGCUCCUCAGAUGAGCCGUUCUGAUCCUAGUCAUAAAGGAACAACUGCAGCCAACCACACCAUGUCGGCAGGGGCUAAUACAAGAGAAAAUCUUCAUCUUCUGGAAGAAGGACAGGGCUUGCCACGAGAGGAAUUGGAUGAGAGGAUUGCAAGAGAGGAAUUUCGUAGACCCAGGGAGUCUCUUCUAAACAUUUGCACCGAAUUCUAUAAACACUGUGGUCCCAGACUGAAAAUUCUUCAGAAUAUUGCAGGGGAGCCUAGAGUCACUACGCUAGAGCUGCUAGACACUAAGUCACACAUGAGGUUGGCUGAAAUAGCGCAUUCCCUGCUGAAGCUGGCUCCUUAUGACACCCAGACUAUGGAGAGCCGUGGCCUACGAAGGUACAUCAUGGAAAUGCUGCCCAUUACAGAUUGGACCUCAGAAGCUGUGAGACCUGCACUUAUUCUCAUCCUAAAAAGGCUGGAUAGGAUGUUUAAUAAAAUUCACAAGAUGCCAACUUUGAGAAGACAGGUGGAGUGGGAGCCUGCCAGCAUUUUAAUAGAAGGUGUUUGUCUGACCUUGCAGAGACAGCCUAUAAUAUCUUUCCUACCCCAUCUCAGGUCAUUGAUCAAUGUUUGUGUUAAUCUGGUUAUGGGUGUUGUUGGACCCUCUAGUGUGGCAGAUGGAUUGCCUCUUCUUCAUCUAAGUCCAUAUCUUUCUCCACCACUACCAUUCAGCACUGCAGUUGUAAGGCUUGUAGCAUUGCAGAUACAGGCACUAAAAGAAGACUUUCCCUUGAGUCAUGUGAUCUCUCCAUUCACCAAUCAAGAAAGAAGAGAAGGAAUGCUUUUAAACCUAUUGAUUCCAUUUGUACUCACAGUCGGAUCUGGAAGUAAAGAUAGCCCCAGACUGGAGCAGCCAGAGGUAUUCUUGCUGCUACAGACUGUUAUAAACAUCCUGCUACCUCCACGAAUAAUAAGUACUUCAAGAAGCAAAAACUUCAUGCUGGAGAGCUCCCCUGCACACUGCUCAACUCCUGGUGAUGCUGGGAAGGAUCUGCGCAGAGAAGGACUGGCAGAGACGACAAGUCAAGCAGCUUAUUUAGCUCUGAAGGUCAUUUUGGUGUGUUUUGAGAGGCAGCUUGGCAGCCAGUGGUACAGGCUAAGCUUGCAAGUCAAAGAAAUGGCACUGAGGAAAGUAGGUGGCCUUGCGAUGUGGGACUUCCUUGACUUUAUCGUCAGAACAAGGAUACCUAUAUUUGUUCUUUUGCGCCCCUUCAUCCAGUGCAAGCUACUGACACAGCCUGCUGAAAAUCAGGAGGAACUGACAGCUAGGCAUCAUAUUAUUGACCAGCUGGAACGGAGAUUCAUUCCUCGACCAUUGUGCAAGAGUUCUCUUAUUGCAGAAUUUAACAAUGAGCUGAAGAUCCUAAAGGAGGCAGUUCACAGUGGAUCAGCUUAUCAAGGGAAGACAUCUAUCAGUACAGCAGGAACAUCCACUUCUGCAUACCGCCUUAGUCUAGCCACUAUGUCUCGCUCCAACACAGGGACUGGGACAGUCUGGGAGCAAGAUAGCCAGCAGUCUCAUCAAGCUUCACAAGACACACUGAGCAGGACCGAUGAGGAUGAUGAGGAAAAUGACUGUGUGAGCAUGCCCAGUGUGGCGAGUGAGCAGGAAGCGUAUCUCAUGAGUGCCAUCGGAAGAAGACGGUUUUCUAGUCACAUAUCGAGCAGAUCCAUUCCUCAGUCAGAGGGUGGACUCAGCAUGCUUCCCAGCCAGAGGGUAGCAAGUGUCCAGAGUGAACCAGGACAACAGAAUCUCCUAGGUCAACAGCCACUGGGGAGGAAAAGAGGAUUAAGACAGCCACGGAGGCCCCUCCUUUCACGACAGAAGACUCAUACAGAACCUCGUAGCCGACAUGGAGCUCGACUGUCCACAACCCGAAGAAGUAUCCAGCCUAAAUCCAAGCCUUUAGACCAGAAGAGAUCUGUUACCUUUACUGAAAAUCAAGGACAAGCUGUAAGUGUCGCUGCAGAGGCAGUAGCUCCUGAAGCUACAGAGCGUAACAACCAGCAGCAGGAUGCUAAGGGUAAACCUGCACCAACUACCUCUGUAUCACCUACUCUUCAGAGUCCAACAAUUAAUCAGGGUGAGACAGUCUACACUGAGACAGAAAAUCUGGAGGCAAGAAUAAGUCCCAGUGCCAAAGCUAGUGGACAAAGUCCACACCUCUCCCAGCUGUCUGACAGUGAGGAUUUUGGUGGCCUUGAAACCACGAGUUUGCUACAGCAUACUGAUACUGUGCUACACAUCACUGAGGAGAAUGGCAUGGAGAACCCACUGCUUUCUGGACAGUUCAGCUUCACUCGGAUUGAAGUGGGAGAUACAGAUGUUGAUCUAGAUGAAUCUCAUGUCUGAAGAACUAAAACUAAAAAAAACAAGAAAGAGAAUUUUAGAGGAUUUUGUUGAAGCACCUCGUUUUUACCCAAAUCUCUUAAAUAGUAUCACAACAUCUCCAUGUCUAGAUUUUUCUUUCUUUCCCAAUGUGACAGACUGCAGACUGCUUAACAAGAUAUAGCACUGGGAAACUUGCUGCAGUGUGAUCAGAACAUCAUUCCAGGAGAAUUAUUGUUAAUGUUUUGAGUUAAGAGAACACUGACACUAAAGUCACAUGUUGAGUGUUGUGUUACACUUGACGUUUCUGAGUUAAUGUGACCUUGGAGAUAGUGUAUUCAGACAUCAGGGGUUUGGGAUCUUACCCUCAAAUCAGAGGUGUAGGGUGAGGGUGUACCCUCUGAAAAAAGAAGAUUUUUUUUUUCUUAAUUUUGUGACCCUUUGGGUGUCACUGGAUUUUGGGGUGAAGCUCAUAAUUAUUUUACAGUACUCUUUGCUUUAUAACAGGGACAUCCAUUGCACUCUAUUCCAGCCAACUCUUAAGCUGGAGCAGCUGUAGUAGCAGAGGAAUGUAUUAUAGUUUUUAGGUUACUGACCCUAAGUACAUAUUUCACCACACAUCUGUUUGAUUGCCUUAUUGUGACUUUUUUCAACUGUUAAAUUAAAUUAAUAGAGUAGGUAAUAAGAGCAGUCUAGCUCAGUCAACAUUUAUGUAUCUUUUUUCUAAUGCAUAAUCUUUGGGGCAAGUUGAUUUUACUCUUCCUGCCACCUGGGGAUUGCUGGGGGAAAAUAGACUGCCUGUAUUCAGAGGCAGUUAGAUGUACUGCAGAAAUCCAAAUAAAUGUUGUGCCAUGUUGUAUUUUAUUUACCAGCAGUUUUUAAAUGGAGAGAAAGCCAUACAGCAUUAGGCUAGGUGCACACCAUAAUAUUAUGGUCGUCAGCCAGGUGCCAUGGCCUUAGCAUUCAGAUAAUCCCUCUCUCUCUGAAUAUAAUAUACUAAGGUUCAUUGAUUGAUAGCAUUUCAGGCUGAGGGCAGCCACAACUCCAAGUAUUCAUUCAGUAAGUGUUCCCUGUCGAUGUAGUUAAUGCUUUGUUGAUCGAACUGCAUACUGCCGAGUAUUCACAAAGUAGUAGUAUGCAGAUCAUACAUACAAUGGGCUUAUCAAGAAUUACAUGUGGAGUGCUGAAUAACACCUAGCACAGCUCAGCAUUCCACUUGCAGAUAUUUGUGGAAUUACUGACAUAUCAACAAUUGUGCUGUCUCACAGUACACAGUGAGAUGGUGGGAGAGAGUUAAUUAUUUAGUCUUUUCAGCUUUUUCACCUUCUUUGUGAAUUUCAAAACCUUUCCAUGUAGAAACGCACUUUCAUUCUUGUUCAGGCAGGCUGGUCUUUACCUACAAAAUAUAUUUGUGGUGAAAAGAAAAAAAUGGCUAUUAAAGGAGAUUAAUAUAUAUUUAACAUUUUAGCUUUAGAGGCCUUAAUAAGUGUUUAUUGUAGCAGUGAUGUGUGUUGUAAUAGAUGCUGCAGUGACCCAGUUUUAAAGGUAUAUAAUCUUCACUCUCAUAGCAUAGCUCAAAGAGUUAGAAUGGUCCCUCUGGGAUCAGGAGUCUUCAAGAUGGUGUUAAUUUGUGCAUUUUAUUACUUUCUCUAUUUUUUUUUUUUUACAUUAGAUAAACAAUAAAACAGUGUUGCCCUGUCUGAAUUACAAUGAUUUAAUUAAAGAUUAGUAUCAACAGAAGUGAGCAGUAUUAUGUACAAUGUAAACAUGCUAAAACAUGUUUUAAAGGAAUUGCUUGAAAUAUGAAAUAUAUGUAAUGGUUUACUAUUGAAUCUGCAAAAUGACUGCUGUUGACUGGCAUGUGGUCGAAAAACAAUUUUCAAAUGGGCAGAAUGCCAACUCAGAAAAUAUCGACUACACUACAGCUAAUGGGUAGUGUAGUUCGAGUAUCUGAGUUCAGCAUUGUGAAUGGAGAUCGCA